AUGUCCACAAUAAUGGAACAGCCUUUUUAUGACGACUCGUUUCUCUCUGCUUAUGGCCAUCCAGGCGCGGCGCUGCCCGACUACAAGCUGCAGCUAAAGCAGAACAUGAACUUGAACUUCUCCGAGUCCUAUCGGAGCGCGAACUUCAAGCCCCAGCACCUGCGCGCGGCGGAGAGCGAGUUCUAUCCGGCGGCGGACGCGGGCUCCCUAAAGCUCGCCUCCCCGGAGCUGGAGCGGCUGAUCAUCCAGAACAGCAACGGCAUCAUCACGACGACCCCGACCCCGCCGCAGUACCUCUACAACCGCGGGAUCACGGACGAGGCGGAAGGGUUCGCCGAGGGUUUUGUCAAAGCGCUGGACGAUCUCCACAAAAUGAACCAGAUGGCUCCCCCGAACGUGUCCAUCGGGACGGGCGGGGUGGGGGUCGGGGUCGGGUGCCCGGCUCCCACCUCCGUGUUCGGGCCGUCCAUGCAGCCGGAGCAGCUGGAGUACACCACCCUGCAGGGCGCCUGCGCGGCCAACCCGGGCCUGAGCAGCUCCGCGGCCAGCUACCCGUCCACCACCAUCAGCUACCUGCCCCACCACCAGUACCACCAGCACCCGCAGGCCGUGGCGCACGGCUCGCACCACUUCCAGCACGCGCUGGCCGGCGCCGGCGUCCACGCGCAGCGCUACGGGGGUCUGAAAGAGGAGCCCCAGAUCGUCCCCGACAUGCAGAGCAGCGACAACAGCUCCCCGCCCAUGUCCCCCAUCGACAUGGAGAACCAGGAGCGGAUCAAAGCGGAGCGCAAGCGGCUCCGGAAUCGGCUGGCGGCCUCCAAGUGCCGGCGGCGCAAGCUGGAGCGCAUCGCGCGUCUGGAGGACAAAGUGAAAGUGCUGAAAACGGACAACGCCGGACUGUCCAGCACGGCCUCUCUACUGCGGGAGCAGGUGGCCCAGCUCAAACAAAAAGUCAUGACGCACGUGAGCAGUGGAUGCCAGCUCAUGCUGACGCCCAAAGUCAAGUCUUACUGA